AUGGCUCAGAUGCAGUCAUUAUCAAGCACAGCAGUUUGCUAUCAGUGGCAGCUGUUUGAUGGAGAGCAGUGGUUACAGAUUGCUCAUGAUGAUAUAAUUGAGACACACUACUGCCAACCAGGUGCCAAAGGAAUGACACUCAACACAAAGAUUGGGCAUGUUUACAUUAAUUUUGAUGAGAUGACAGCUGAAGGUCCUGAUGAUGAUCUGAGGGUUCAGCGACAAUUAUUCUUAUCCCACAACCAAAGACAAGAAAUGGGGUGGUAUUACAAAGACAACCGUUACUGGUGUGAAUAUGGAACCCAGGGUUCUGGUGGGAGCAGGUCCUCAGUUAGCAGCCAGAACUUGGAGCAGCAGUUCAACCUCAACCCAGUGGGGUCCUUUAAUUUUACAGUGGGAAACAACACAUACACAUUAGACUUCAGAGCCAUGACUCAGACCAACCUCUCCACUAAUGUCUCCCGGAGGGUGAGAAGACGGCCAAAGUUCAACUCCAUAAUCACCAACAGCAGUUUGCCUGCCAUCUCACAACCUCCUACCAUUCAGCCCUCUUUACCGCCUCCUACUGGCUACACAUGGGAAUUCAUGGGUGAUGAGGGCAUAUGGACAGAGUAUCAGAGGGCUAGAAGCUCACUGAGCAGUGCUGAUAUUGAAAGACUGUAUCAGCAGAACCCUCAGGGCCAAAUCUCUUUCACAGCUGGAAAAUUCAAGUACACUCUUUACUUCUCAGAAAUGUGUCAGAUUAAUGAUAGAAUAGGAACCAGACGAGCUAUCAGGAGAAUCAUUGGUGGAAAUCCACAGGGAAGCAGUAUACACCCUCAAGUUCAGUGGCAAUUCAAAGAUAUGGAUGGAUCCUGGAAAGACUAUAUCAAAGGCACAGCCCGUGGCAGCUGCUCUGUGUCUGCUCAGGACAUUGAGACCCAGUACCAGCAGAAUCCAAACAGGACCAUGCAAUUCAGCGCAGGACGGUUCUCCUAUGAGCUUGAUUUCUCAGCUAUGACCCAGAAAAACCUGCUUACUCUCACAACGAGACCAGUGCGUCGCAUAUAGUACUGAACAUCGCUGCGUCCACUGUGAUUCAUC